ACCAGCAAGUAUCUCUAUAUAUGUAAGACUACAAGCUCUUGCACUUAUGAAGAACAAAGAUUUUCCUAUAUAUCCUAUAAAUAAAAAAAUAAAAAAUAAAAAGAUUUUCCUUUGUAUUUUGUGAUAGUACCUAGAAAGGAAGAUGGUGAUGAAUGUUGAUAUAAUCUCCAAGGAGAUAAUUAAGCCAUCAUCUCCAACACCCCAUCACCUUAGCAACUUCAAGCUUUCUUUCUUAGACCAAAUUGCACCUCCCAUUUAUAUUCCUAUCAUUUUGUUCUAUGAUUCUAAGAAAUUUGUGGAUGUUGAUCCAUUCGAAAUAUCUCAUUCGCUAAAAAAAUCUCUAGCCGAAACCUUAACUCGUUACUAUCCCUUGGCUGGUACACCUAUUAAUGAAGAUUUCUAUAUCAAUUGUAAUGACCAAGGUGUAGACUAUAUUCAAGCCCGAAUCCCAUGCAAUCUAUCACAAGUGGUAGACAAUCCCAAAGGGAAGGAGCUUAUGCAGUUGCUACCAUUUGAGCCAUAUCAUAGUAGCACUGAGUUUGGAAAGGAAGUUCUCUUAGCUGUCCAAUAUAACAUGUUUGAGUGUGGUGGAGUAGCCAUUGCUGUGUGUGUCUCACACAAGAUUGCUGAUGGUACAUCAGCGGUCACGUUUGUUAAUGCAUGGGCUGGCAUGUCUCGAGGAGAAAGUGAAAUUAUAAGUCCUAGUUUUGAUGCAGCUAUCCAUUUUCCUCCUAGAGAUAUCACUGGGUCCAUGCUAAGUGGAGCAAUUUCAAAAGAAAACAUUGUGACUAGAAGAUUUGUGUUCAACAAAUCGAGCAUAGCCACGCUAAGAGAAGAAGCCUCUGCCGCAUUUGGUCCAGAAGACAAGGGUCCAUCACGCGUGGAGGCCAUUUCAGCAUUCAUAUGGAGACGUUUCAUGGCAAUGUCUAGAGCAAAACAAGGUAAGAAACCAAAACUAUUUGCUGCACUUCAUGCAGUGAACUUGCGUGAGAGGAUGGUUCCACAACUUCCAGUGCAUUCCUUUGGGAAUCUUUGGAGGAUUGUGAUUGCAGCAUUGCCGGUUGAGAUUGAGAAAGAUUAUCGGUUUCUUGUGAGCCAGCUUCGGAAUGCAAUCAUGGAAAUCGAUGCUGACUUCCUGAAGAAACUAAAAGAUGAUGAUGGACACUUGGAUUUUAUAAAGAAUACAAGCAAACAGUUUGAUCAUGGUAUUAUAGAAUUCUGUAACUUUACUAGUUGGUGUAGGUUUCCUGUGUACGAAGUUGAUUUUGGUAUGGGAAAGCCCACUUGGGUCUGUAGUCCAAGCAGGCCUUUUAAGAAUGUUGUGGUCAUGAUGAGUACCAAAGAUGGUGAUGGAAUUGAGACAUGGGUGAACAUGAAAGAAGAAGACAUGGCCUUGUUUGAACAUGACCAAGAGCUACUCUCAUAUGCUUCCUCAGCAGAUGGGGAAUGAAAGAAUGUUUGCCUACUACUCUAUCAAGUUAUUCAAUCUGGGUUCUGGAGCUAUAGCCAUGCACUUGUUAUAUUGUUAUUAUUAUCUUUAAUCUUCUUUUAUGUAUCUCCAAUUGUAUCUAAGCAUACUCUAUAAUCCAGUCCUAUCUGUUUGUUGUUUUUAAGAUUGAUCUAUUCUACACAAUAAUAAAAUAAAAUAGAAUAAAAUAAAGGGACUUUCA